CGUUGCGCUUACUGAUUAGCACAAAAUUACAAUUGUUAACAUAUUGGAUGCAAAUCAUGUGGGUGCCACCGCGAUUAAGUGCAUCUAUGCGUGCCAAAUCGGACUUGGAAGCAAGAGCACAGAAGUUCGUUCUAUUAAAGCAGGCAAGAGCAAGAGCAAAAGCUGCCGCAGUAACCACGACGGCAACGGAGACAGACUGCAUUGAUGAAGAGGAACAGAGCAUAGUGAAUCUGUUGGCGCAGCUGCCGCCCGAAAAGCAGCCAAUAGUGAAAGUGCAACUGCAAAAGCUGCGAAACUUAGUGCAGGAAUGCAUGGGCUACGAGGAAAAGCCAGAGGUGGUGGAGCAUGCAGCCUUGUAUCUCUUUUGGCUAAUGCUGGAUCAGCGCGUGCUGCUGGUGGCCACAACCAACAGACUUCGCACCAUGUUUGGCACCACAUUCGAUCGCAAACACAAACAAAUACACGAAUGUGUGCUUGCAGUGGCCGAUGCGCUGGAGGAGGAGGAGCUCGAAGCGUUAAAGGAGUGGCGGGACGAAGACACCGACGCGACAGCAGAGCCUACUCCCUUCGGUGAGCACAUCAAUGUAAACUGGCCGCAAGGGGAAUGGCUGGACAUAAGCUUGCUGUCAGAUCUGACGCCAGAUGAAUAUUUGCACAAUCGCAUUGUUAAACAGUUUACAAUGAAAUAUGAUGCAACAGCCAGUCCAGCAGCCAGUGCAGCUCCAAGUCAAAGCAUCGAUGGCAUUAAGCUAAGCUAUGAGCUCGAAACGCUGCUAGACAUUGCGCAACGACUGGAUGAUGAGCAAAUGUUGAGCCGCGUGGGCGACAUACUCGCCUCCAAGCGCAGCAGCGAAGACUUGCAGAAUGAGCUCAUGGAGCUGCUGGGCUUUGAACACUUUGAGCUGGUUAUGCAGUUGCUGAAGGAGCGUACCAAGAUAGCACAACAGCUGGCCAAUUAUGCCACGAGGUCGCGUCGCGUCAAGUUAAUACAACAAAAGCGUCAACAGGAGGCGGCGAGUAACGGCAACAGAAAUGAGAAGCGACCCACUGUCGCCUGUGCUGUGGUGGUGCAAUCAGCGCAGGAGAAGCUGCUGGGCAAGCAGCAGCAGCGUGAGGAGAAAAAGUUGCAGCGCAUAAUGCGCAGCAUGAAGGACGAGGAUGAGGACGAAGGUUGCGCAGUUGAAAUCUCAGCAGUGCAGCUGCGCAUGCAGCAUCAACGCAAAUUGUUAGAGGCCGCGCAGCGUGAGCCACUGCUGCUCGAGACCAAGGCCGCCAAGGCAGUGCAAUCUACCUAUACCACCCCCAUACGUUACCCCUACGUCUUCGAUAGCCAGCUGGAGGCCAAAGCGCAUGCCAGUUUCAUUGGGGGCAGUCGCAUUACAUUGCCGGAGCAUGCGCAGCGCAUAGACAACAAGCAGUGGGAGGAGGUGCGAAUACCAGCGGGCGAACCAGCACCACUGUCUGUGGGCAAUCAGCGCAUAAAAAUUGCUGAGCUGGACGACAUUGGUCAGUUGGCCUUUGCCAACUGCAAGGAGCUCAAUCGCAUACAAUCCGUUGUCUUUCCCGUGGCCUAUCAUAGCAAUGAGAACAUGCUCGUCUGUGCGCCCACGGGCGCGGGCAAGACCAAUGUGGCCAUGCUAAGCAUUGUGCACACCAUACGCUGUCAUCUCGAGCACGGCGUCAUCAAUCGCGAUGAGUUCAAGAUUGUCUACAUCGCUCCCAUGAAAGCGCUCGCAGCCGAGAUGGUGGAUAACUUCUCCAAGCGUCUGCGCCAGCUGCAGAUUGUAGUGCGUGAGCUGACGGGUGACAUGCAGCUGACCAAGGCGGAGAUGGCGGCCACACAGAUACUUGUGACGACGCCAGAAAAGUGGGAUGUGGUUACCAGAAAGGGUGUUGGCGAUGUGGCAUUGAUAAAUAUUGUGAAGCUGCUCAUCAUUGACGAAGUGCAUUUGCUGCAUGGCGAGCGUGGACCUGUGGUGGAAGCUUUGGUGGCACGCACCUUGCGUUUGGUGGAAUCUUCACAGUCCAUGAUACGCAUUGUUGGCCUGUCCGCCACCUUGCCCAACUAUAUCGAUGUGGCGCACUUUCUGCGCGUCAAUCCCAUGAAGGGUCUAUUCUACUUUGACUCACGCUUUCGUCCCGUGCCACUGGACACCAACUUUGUGGGCAUCAAGACAAUUAAGCCGCUGCAACAGAUUGCGGACAUGGAUCAGUGCUGCUAUCAGAAGUGCCUGGAAAUGGUGCAACAAGGACAGCAAGUCAUGGUCUUUGUGCACGCCCGCAACGCCACCGUGCGCACGGCCAAUGUGCUGCGUGAGCUGGCGCAGCAGAACCAAACCAGUGCUCUCUUCAUGCCGCCAGACGGCAAAUCCCAUAGCCUAGCAUUGCGCUCCAUACAAAAGAGCAGGAAUAAACAGCUUGUGACGCUCUUCACCAGCGGCCUGGCCUGUCAUCAUGCGGGCAUGUUGCGCGCCGAUCGCCAAAUGGUGGAGAAGUACUUUCUGGAGGGCAACAUCUCGGUGCUAGUUUGCACCGCCACGCUGGCCUGGGGUGUCAACUUGCCAGCGCAAUCGGUCAUUAUACGUGGCACGGACAUUUACGAUGCUAAUCAUGGCAGCUUUGUGGAUCUGGGCAUAUUGGAUGUGCUGCAGAUCUUUGGGCGCGCCGGUCGGCCGCAGUUUAACAAGAGCGGCGUGGGCACCAUCAUUACCAGCUACGAUAAGCUGAAUCACUAUCUAUCGCUGCUCACCAAUCAGUUCCCCAUAGAAUCCAACUUUGUGCAGUGCCUGGCGGAUAAUCUCAAUGCGGAAAUAUGCCUGGGCACCAUAUCCAACGUGGAGGAGGCUAUCGAAUGGCUUAGCUACACGUAUCUGUUUGUGCGCAUGCGCAUUAAUCCUCAUGUCUAUGGCAUUGAGUACGCUGAGCUGCAAAAGGAUCCCAGCUUGGAGGCACGUCGGCGCGCUUUGAUCAUGGGCGCUGCCAUGAGUCUAGACAAGGCCAAAAUGAUGCGCUUCAAUCAGCGCACCAUGGACAUGAACAUAACAGACUUGGGACGCACUGCUUCGCAUUUCUAUAUCAAAUAUGAUACGGUGGAGACGUUCAAUGAGCUCAUACAUCCCUUUAUGAACGAAGCAGAGCUGCUGGGCAUGAUGUCGAAUGCGCAGGAGUUUCAACAGCUCAAAGUGCGCGACGACGAGCUGGAGGAGUUGGACGAGCUGCGCAGCUACUACUGCAAACUCAAAGCACUUGGCGGCACCGAGAAUGUGCCGGGCAAGGUUAACAUUCUGAUACAAGUUUAUCUGUCCAAUGCCUAUGUCAAGUCCUUCUCGCUGAGCUCCGACAUGUCGUACAUAACGACAAACAUAGGAAGAAUAGCACGCGCGCUGUUCUCCAUUGUGUUAAGACAGAACAAUGCCAUCUUGACCGGACGCAUGCUGCAGCUAUGCAAGAUGUUCGAGCGUCGUCAGUGGGACUUUGACUCUCCGCUGCGUCAGUUUCCGGCCAUUGGCAUGGAGACCAUUGACCGCAUAGAGCAGCGUGGCUUGAGCGUUCAUCGUCUGCGUGAUAUGGAGCAGCGUGAGCUGAAGGAAUGGCUGCGCAGCGAUCGUUAUGCGGAGCUGGUGCUGCGUUGUGCCAGAGAGUUGCCGCUGCUGGAGGUGGACGCCACUUUGCAGCCCAUUACACGCACUGUGCUGCGCAUUACGAUUAACAUCUAUGCGGACUUUAACUGGAAUGAUCGUGUGCAUGGCAAGACAUGCCAAAGCUUUUGGCUCUGGAUUGAGAGUCCCGAGUCCAACUAUAUAUUCCACUCCGAAGUGUUUCAGCUGACGCGCAAGGCUGUGAUGAGCGGACAGCCGCAGCAGCUAGUCAUGACCAUACCGCUGAAGGAGCCACUGCCGCCUCAGUAUUAUAUACGCGUCAGCAGCGACACCUGGCUGGGCAGCGACACUUGUGUGCCGCUGUCCUUCCAGCAUUUGGUGCUGCCCGAGCAUCAUCCGCCGCUAACAGAGCUGCUGCCUUUGCGCCCACUGCCUGUGAGCUGCCUGGAUAACGAGCUCUAUGAAUCCUUGUACAAGUUCACACACUUUAAUCCCAUACAAACGCAAAUCUUUCAUUGCCUCUACCAUACGGACAACAAUGUGCUGCUGGGCGCGCCCACGGGCAGUGGCAAGACAAUUGUAGCCGAGUUGGCCAUCUUUCGUGCGCUGAAUGAGCAGCCCAAGUGCAAGGUGGUGUACAUAGCGCCGCUCAAGGCGCUGGUCAAGGAGCGCAUUGGGGACUGGAAGCAGCGCUUUGAGCGCUCAUCGCUGGGACUGAAGGUAGUGGAGCUCACAGGCGAUGUGACGCCGGAUAUACAAGCUAUACGCGAAUCGCAGCUGAUUGUCACCACGCCUGAGAAGUGGGACGGCAUCAGUCGCUCCUGGCAGACGCGCGAGUAUGUGCAGCAUGUCACGCUGAUUGUCAUCGAUGAGAUUCAUCUGCUGGGCGAGGAUCGUGGUCCGGUCAUUGAGGUGAUUGUCUCACGCACAAACUUUAUCAGCUCACAUACGGGUAACUCCAUACGCAUUGUAGGCCUGUCCACUGCGCUGGCCAAUGCGCAGGACUUGGCCAACUGGCUGGGCAUCAAGCGCAUGGGUUUGUACAAUUUCAAGCCCUCGGUGCGGCCUGUGCCGCUGCAGGUGCACAUCAAUGGCUUCCCGGGCAAACACUACUGUCCACGCAUGGCCACCAUGAAUCGUCCCACCUUCCAGGCCAUACGCACCUACUCGCCAUGUGAGCCUACCAUAGUGUUUGUCUCCUCGCGUCGCCAGACGCGUCUCACCGCCCUGGACUUGAUUACGUUUGUGGCCGGCGAUCACAAUCCCAAGCAAUUCCUGCACAUGGAGGAGCAUGAGAUCGAGCAGCUGCUGCAUAACAUACGCGAUCAGAACCUGAAGUUCUGCUUGGCCUUUGGCAUUGGACUGCAUCAUGCUGGUCUGCAGGAGUCGGAUCGCAAGUGCGUUGAGGAAUUGUUUUUGAAUCGCAAAAUUCAAGUGCUGGUGGCCACCGCCACGCUGGCUUGGGGUGUCAAUUUGCCAGCGCAUCUGGUGGUCAUCAAGGGCACGGAGUACUUUGAUGGCAAGGUGAAGAAGUAUGUGGACAUGCCCAUUACGGAUGUGCUGCAGAUGAUGGGACGCGCUGGACGGCCGCAGUUUGACAACGAGGGCGUUGCUGUCGUCCUAGUGCACGACGAGAAGAAGAACUUCUACAAGAAGUUUCUCUACGAUCCGUUUCCAGUGGAGUCCAGCCUGCUGGGCGUGCUGCCUGAGCAUAUCAAUGCCGAAAUUGUGGCGGGCACAGUGCAAACCAAGCAGGCAGCCCUGGACUAUCUCACUUGGACUUACUUUUUCCGUCGCCUGCUACGCAAUCCUUCGUAUUAUCAGCUGGAAGGCGUGGAGCCUGAAAAUGUCAACAGCUUCAUGUCCAAUCUGGUCGCGGGUGUGGUCUACGAGCUAAGCCAAGCGGCGUGUGUAGUGGAACGCGAUGGCUUCUUAGUGCCCACAUUCUUGGGCCGCAUUAGUUCCUUUUACUAUUUGUCCUAUCGCACUAUGAAACAUUUUCUGGAGAAUCUGCAGCCUGGCAUGGACACCAGGCAUGUGCUGCUGGCCAUUGCCGAUUGCUACGAGUUUGAUCAGCAGCCCGUGCGUCACAACGAAGACAAGCACAACGAGGAGUUGGCAGAGCUGUGCCGCUAUCGUCCGCUUUCGGGCACCUGGGAUUCGCCUUACACCAAAACAUUCCUGCUGCUCCAAGCACACUUUGGUCGCUUGGCGCUGCCCAACUCGGAUUAUCUAACGGAUACCAAGUCGGCGCUGGAUAAUGCGACGCGUGUCAUGCAAGCCAUGGUGGACUACACCGCUGAGCGUGGCUGGCUAUCCACCAGUCUGGUGGUACAACAGCUGAUGCAGUGCGUCAUACAAGCGCGCUGGUUUGAUGGCUCCGAGUUUCUAACGCUGCCCACCGUUAACGAUGAGAAUCUGGAUGCCUUUCUUAAUAUAAACUGCCCGCAACACAAUCAACUGACACUGCCCGUGUUGAAGGAGCUUUGCAGAAAGGAUUACGAGGUGUUGGCUUCUCCUUUACGUUCUGAGUUCGAAGAACAUGAGAUUGAACAAAUCUACAAGGUAUUGCAAGAGCUGCCCGAAAUAGCUUUACAAAUAAACGUGGAAGGUCGCUAUUUGGAUGAGGAAUAUGCCAAGCGACCACUGAACUUGGAUGAUAAUGCUAACGUCUGGACACAGCUGCAUGCCAACGAGGACUAUGUCUUAGCCAUCGAUCUGCAGCGUCUCAAUGUGACUGGACCACGUCGUCAGACGGGUCAAGGCUUUCCCAUACACUGUCCCAAGUAUGCCAAGCCCAAGCAUGAGGCUUGGUUCAUAACACUUGGCUCCCAAGCCAACGACGAGCUGCUGGCCAUGAAGCGUCUAACGCUGCGCGGCACACGCGCCACCAAUCGCAUAUCCUUCCAGGCUACACCACGCCGUGGACGCCUGCAACUCACCCUAUAUCUUAUGUCCGACUGUCUGAUGGGCUUCGAUCAACAGUACGAUUUGCAUUUUGAGAUUAUUGAUGCCAAGUCCUAACCGUUGGAGGCUCAAUUAGUUGCAUUUAUGUUCUUAGUCUAUACAAUUCAAGUUGAACUGAAUUAGCAUAAAUAAUUCUUAUGUGAUUACCAGCGUAUGUCAAACAUUUUUGUAUUAAGAUACAUUAACUAACGCACAUGUAUCUAGAUUGUGUACCUUAGGUAUAAUUAAUAAUUAAUUAAUUAGCUUGUAGUUAGUUAAUUAAUAUUGUGCGCAACGUAAUUAAAACAGGCAUGGAGUCAAAGUUUUGCAUAUUAUGGCAUUAAUUAAUAAAAGUACAAAAGCGAAGCUUUAACUGUUCAUUGAAAAUCUCAUGUAUAUUUUUUUCUAGCCAUAGACAAAGCUUUGAAUAAAA